CUGAACGGGGGAAGAAUCUGACGACGCGCAGUCUAGUCCGACGGCACAUCUCUGCUAUCAGGUUGGAGCAAGAGAACAGAGCCAUGAGGGAAAGGAGGAUAAAAACUACGGUUACAUUUAUGGCAACUUCAUGAAACUUGCACCAUGGGAUUACAAACGAAGUGUUUAUGGCUGACUUUUUCCCUCCAAGUUACUCUGUGUGGAUGCUUUGAUUUACACAUUUUGGAGACUUUACAAGAAGGGACCUUGCUGGCCAAUUUAUCUCUUGGACCGGGAUGGAGUUAUAAUAUUGUCAGGACUUUGACUCCUAAACAUGUCACUCACUUUUUGCAGUUGGGACAAAAUGAUGGAAUACUAACUCUUUCGAAAAAAGUUGUUUGCGCACGCCUCCAGAAGAAUCCUGCACCGGUGUAUUUAAAAAUCACUUCCACUGAUUCUGAAAACUUUGUUAUAACAUACUUUAACACCUUUGUGCAUGGACAGGAUUGUUAUAUCAAGUAUAAAAGAAAGACACGAACGCCCGAUGCGUUUAUGUCUUUCGAACUGGACCGGUGGACAUUCCCGUGCUUUUCAAUUGGACAUCUUUUGGAUAUUCGCAGAUAUUUUCCUGUGGCUAAUAGGGAUUUACACUUAGACCAUCCUGUAUGUGUGGAAAAAGACAUCAAAAACACUGUUAGAGUGGGCAGUGGACACGCGGAGCAGGUUAUUUGCCUACCUCACAAACAUCAUCGGACUCUGGACUUUUUCUGCGAUGUACGGAAUGCCCAAACCAGUGCGUUUUUCGUGCGCUUAAAAAUAAAGCUCAAGGCAACGUCAGAAUACGGAUUGUUAACGGGCUUUGGUGAAGACAAGGGCACGUGGAUUAAACGUAAAAAGAGAAAUGUUAACACGCCUCCACAGUUUCAACUGCCCAACUACCAGGUGUCUGUCCCAGAAAACGAGCCGUCUGGAACACGUGUGAUAACUCUAAAAGCACUGGACACGGACGAUGGGCUUGCGGGCAAAGUUGAGUAUGACAUGGAAGCCCUUUUCGACAGUAGGUCUAAUAAUUACUUUCAAAUUAAUCCGCAGACAGGUAGUGUUACUACAUUACAACCCCUUGACAGGGAGGUGAAAGACACGCAUGUUUUCAAAGUAAUCGCAACUGACUCAGGUACUCCCAGAAGAUCCGCUACUGCCUAUCUUACCAUCACUGUCAGCGACACCAAUGACCACACUCCUGUGUUUGAGCAGUCAGAGUACACAGUCAGCAUCCGUGAAAAUGUAGAGGUCGGAUUUGAGGUCAUGACGAUCAGGGCAACAGAUGGUGACGCGCCGUCAAAUGCAAAUAUGGUUUACAAAAUUGUGAACGAGGAAGGCGUGAAAGGGGUGUUUGAAAUUGACCCAAGAAAUGGAUUGGUCAGAACUAAAAUUCGUCCUGACAGAGAGAUCAUGUCCCAGUACAAAGUUAUUGUUGAGGCCAACGAUCAGGGUAAAGAUCCUGGUCCACGCAGCGCCACAGCAACAGUGCACAUAUCAGUUGAAGACGAGAAUGACAACUAUCCCCAGUUCACAGAGAAGCGCUAUGUUGUGCAGGUGCCAGAGAACAUUCAAGCUAACACUCAAGUCGCCGUCGUUAAAGCCACAGACAAUGAUAAAGGAAAUAAUGCUAAAGUCCACUACAGCAUCAUCAGUGGCAAUGUUAGGGGCCAGUUUUACAUCCACUCCCCCACAGGGGCCAUAGAUGUGAUCAGUCCCCUGGAUUAUGAGGUGAUGAGAGAGUACACCUUGCGCAUCAAGGCACAGGAUGGGGGACGCCCGCCUCUCAUAAACAGCACUGGCCUGGUGGUGGUUCAGGUGAUGGAUGUCAAUGACAAUGCCCCCAUGUUUGUCAGUACGCCAUUCCAAACCUCUGUGCUAGAGAGCGUGCCAGUUGGACACUCUGUAAUUCACAUUCAGGCCAUUGAUGGAGACUCUGGGAGCAAUGCCCAUCUGUCAUACAGGCUGACAGACACACAGCCUGGCUUCCCAUUCACAAUAAACAACAGCACUGGCUGGAUUUCAGUGUGCGCUGAGCUGGACAGAGAGACGACAGACUACUACACGUUUGGCGUGGAAGCGAGGGAUCACGGGGCACCAGCCAUGUCUUCUUCCGCCAGCGUCAGCGUGACAGUGCUGGAUGUAAACGACAACGUCCCCACAUUCACGCAGAAAGUGUACUCUUUGAAGAUUAACGAGGAUGCCCUGGUGGGGACCACCCUGGUGACUGUGAUGGCCAUCGAUCGGGAUGUCAACAGCGUGGUGACCUAUCAGAUCUCCAGCGGCAACACCAGGAACAGGUUCGCCAUCACCAGCCAGAGUGGGGGUGGUCUCAUUUCCCUGGCCCUGCCCCUGGACUACAAGCAGGAGCGGCAGUAUGUGCUGACCUUGACGGCCUCCGAUGGCACGCGUCAGGACACGGCGCAGGUGUUCAUCAACGUCACAGACGCCAACACCCACCGGCCCGUGUUCCAGAGUGCCAACUACCAGGUGAUCGUGAGCGAGGACAAGCCCGUGGGCUCCACCGUGGUGGUGAUAUCCGCCACCGACGAAGACACGGGGGAGAACGCGCGCAUAACCUACAUCAUGAAGGACAAUGUACCCCAGUUCAAGAUCCACCCGGACACGGGGGCCAUCACCACCCAGAUCGAGCUUGACUGCGAGGACCAGUCCUCCUUCACGCUGACCAUCGUCGCCCAAGACAAUGGCAUCCCCCAGAAGUCAGACACCACCAAUGUGGACAUCAUCGUCCUGGAUGCGAAUGACAAUGCACCGCAGUUUGUGAGGGAUCUGUACCAGGGCUCAGUGCUGGAGGAUGCCCCCAUCUACACCAGUGUCCUCCAGGUGUCCGCCUCAGACAGAGACUCGGGUUCCAACGGCAGGGUCAGCUACACCUUCCAGGGGGGAGAGGAUGGCGACGGAGACUUCUACAUCGAGCCCUACUCCGGCAUCAUCAGAACUGCGAGAAAGCUGGACAGGGAGAAUGUGCCGGUGUACAACCUCAAGGCCUUCGCGGUGGACAAAGGAGUCCCGCCCCUGAAGUCCGCGGUGGACAUCCAGGUCACCGUGCUGGACAUCAACGACAAUGCGCCGGUGUUUGAAAAGGACGAGAUGUUCAUCUUUGUGGAAGAGAACAGCUCUGUGGGGUCCACUGUGGCUCGGAUCACAGCCACCGAUCCCGAUGAGGGAACGAACGCUCAGAUCCUGUACCAGAUUGUGGAGGGAAACUUUCCAGAGGUGUUCCAGCUGGACAUCUUCAGCGGAGACCUGAUUGCCCUCACGGAUCUCGACUACGAGUCCAAGAUGGAGUAUGUGAUGGUGGUCCAGGCCACCUCGGCCCCUCUGGUGAGCCGCGCCGUGGUGCACGUCCGUCUGGUGGACGUCAACGACAACGCCCCUGUGCUGCAGGACUUUGAGAUCAUCUUCAACAACUACGUCACCAACAAGUCCAACAGCUUCCCAUCUGGAGUCAUCGGGAGGGUGCCCGCCCACGACCCGGAUGUGUCUGACAAGCUCAUCUACACAUUCGAGGAGGGAAAUGAGUUGAGUCUACUGCUUUUGAAGCAGGACACAGGGGAGCUGAGACUGAGCAGGGCCCUGGACAACAAUAGGCCCCUGGAAGCCUCCAUGAUGGUGUCUGUGACAGAUGGCAUCCACUCUGUGUCUGCCCGUUGCACGCUGCGCGUCACCAUCAUCACGGACGCCAUGUUGACCAGCAGCAUCACGGUGCGUCUGGAGAACAUGUCCCAGGAGCGCUUCCUGUCCCCGCUGCUGUCCCUGUUUGCCCGCGGUGUUGCCACCAUCCUCUCCACCUCUGCCGACGCUGUCUUCAUCUUCAACGUGCAGAACGACACGGACGUCACGCCACAUCACGAGGGCCAUGCCACCACCAUUCUCAAUGUCACCUUCUCGGCGCUGUUGCCCGGUGGUGGUGGCAGCGGCGCCGGACGCUACCUCCCCUCCGAGGAGCUCCAGGAGCGGGUCUACCUGAACCGCACGCUGCUGCGGCAGCUCUCUGGCCAGCGUGUGCUUCCCUUCGACGAUAACGUGUGUCUGCGGGAGCCCUGCCAGAACUACAUGAAGUGCGUUGCUGUCUUACGGUUCGACAGCUCGGCGCCGUUUAUCUCUUCGGAUACGGUGCUGUUCCGGCCCAUACACCCUGUGGCUGGGCUGAGGUGUCGGUGCCCGGACGGUUUCACAGGGGACUACUGUGAGACGGAGGUGGACCUAUGCUACUCGGGCCCCUGCAGGAAUAACGGACGCUGCAUCAGCCGAGAGGGAGGGUACACCUGCGAAUGCCCAGCCGACUUCACAGGUGAGCACUGUGAGGUGAGUGCCCGCUCAGGCCGCUGUGUGCCAGGCGUGUGUAAGAAUGGCGGGCGCUGCGUGGACCUGCUGGUGGGGGGCUUCAUGUGCCAGUGUCCCGAUGGCGAGUAUGAGAAGCCCUACUGUGAGAUGAGCACCCGCAGCUUCCCCGGACACUCCUUUGUCACCUUCAGAGGACUCAAGCAGAGAUUCCACUUCACCGUCUCUCUCAUGUUCGCCACCAGAGAGAGGAACGCACUGCUGCUCUACAAUGGCCGCUUCAACGAGAAGCACGACUUCAUCGCCCUGGAGAUCUCCGAUGAGCAGAUCCAGCUGACGUUCUCGGCAGGGGAAAGCAAGACGACGGUGUCUCCAUUCAUCCCCGGCGGGGUGAGCGAUGGCCAGUGGCACGAGGUCCAGGUGCACUACUACAACAAGCCACAUAUCGGUCGUCUUGGGACCCCGUACGGACCAUCGGGAGAGAAGGUGGCUGUGGUCUCCGUUGACAACUGUGACGUUGCCAUGGCAGUACGCUUCGGAGGUCAGAUAGGAAACUACACCUGUGCUGCGCAGGGCACCCAGACUGGACAGAAGAAGUCUCUGGAUCUCACAGGUCCUCUGCUGCUGGGAGGGGUCCCCGACCUGCCUGAGGACUUCCCCGUGCGGAGCCGAGACUAUGUGGGCUGCAUGAGGAACCUGGUCAUCGACAAUAAACCCAUGGACAUGGCCAGCUACAUUGCUAACAACGGCACUGCCGCAGGCUGCGACGCUAAGAGAGACUUCUGCACAAAGGACGUGUGUCGUAACGGCGGUGUGUGCGUCAACAAGUGGGACACCUACUCCUGCAGCUGUCCACUGGGCUUUGGCGGGAAGAACUGCGAACACGUCAUGCCCUCCCCACAGCACUUCGACGGGCAUGCCCUGGUGUCUUGGACGGACCCUGACAUCACCAUCGCUGUGCCCUGGUACAUGGGCCUGAUGUUCCGCACCCGCAAGGGCUCGGGCACCCUGCUGCAGGCCAACGCUGGAGACCACUCCAGGAUUGCACUGCAGAUCAGCAACAAGCAUGUGCGUUUCCAGGUCUUCCUGGGUGUGACGCGGGUGGCGUUGCUGGACCUGUCCCGGGUGCGGGUGAAUGACGGCGAGUGGCACCACGUCCUCAUGGAGCUCAAGAGUGUCAAGGACGGCAAGGACAUCAAGUACAUGGCUCUGGUGUCUCUGGACUACGGCAUGUUCAAGAGGAGUGUGGAGAUUGGGAAUGAGCUCCCAGGACUACAGCUGAAGAGCCUCUUCGUAGGAGGCGUCCUCAAGAAAGACAGCUCUGUACAGAACGGUUUCCAUGGCUGCAUACAGGGCGUGAGAAUGGGAGAGACUGCCACCAACACGGCCAACAUCAACAUGCACCAGGCCCUGAAGCUGCGGGUGGAGGAGGGUUGCCAGGUGACGGACGCCUGCCUAACCUCCCUCUGCCCUCUGCACAGCCGCUGCCACGACACCUGGGGCGCCCACUCCUGCAUCUGUCACCCAGGUUACUUUGGUCGUGACUGUGUGGACGCGUGCCUGCUGAACCCCUGUCAGCACUCCUCCUCCUGCCUGCGGAGGCCCAGCAGUCCUCUGGGCUACAGCUGCUCCUGCGGCCCUGACUCCUACGGAGACUACUGCCAGCACAAAACGGAGCAGCCGUGUGCCCGUGGCUGGUGGGGGCAUCCCAUAUGUGGCCCCUGUAACUGUGACGUCACCAAAGGCUUCCACAGAGACUGCAACAAGACCACUGGAGAGUGCCGCUGUAAGGAUAACUACUACAGGGAGCCAGACAGCGACAUCUGUCUGCCCUGUGACUGCUUUCCCCUGGGGGCACACUCUCGCACCUGUGACCUCACCACGGGCCAGUGUGCCUGCAAGACGGGGGUGGUGGGACGCCAGUGCAACCGCUGUGACAACCCCUUUGCUGAGGUGACGCCAAACGGCUGCAUAGUGGUUUAUGACGGAUGCCCCAGGUCUUUUGACGCCCAGCUCUGGUGGCCCAAGACACCGUUUGGCCAGCCUGUGGCCAUCGAUUGCCCCAAAGGAUCUACAGGGACGGCUAUCCGCCACUGCAGUGAUGAAAAGGGGUGGCUGCCCCCACAGCUCUUCAACUGUACUUCUGCCUCGUUCGCACAGCUCAAGAAAGAGAAUGAGGAGAUAAGGGGGAACCUGUCCAUAGAUGCUGAUAGGUCGAAAAGCCUGGCCGGCCAGCUACACACCGCCACUGGCCAUACCCCCCAUCUCUAUGGUAACGACGUGAAGACGGCCUAUAAGCUCCUGACGCUGACAUUGCAGAGGGAGAGCCAGCAGCAGGGCUUCAACCUCACCGCCACUCACGACACUGUCUUCAACGAGGAUGUCGUUGGCGCAGGCAGUAGCAUCCUUGAUCUGGCUAAUAAGGAGCACUGGGAGCAGAUCCAGCUCUUUGAGGGCGGCUCAGCUGAGCUCCUGCGCAGCUUUGAAGACUACGCCAGCACCAUGGCCCAGAACAUGAGGAAGACCUACCUCAAGCCUUUCACCAUCGUUGCCAAAAACCUGAUUGUGGCGCUGGACUAUGUCUCCUCCUCUGGAUCGGAGGGCAGCGUGAUCCCUAACUUCCCCGAGAUCCAGCAGCCCUAUCCUAGAGAACUGGAGUGCCCUGUCCGUAUUCCCGACCUGUCCUUCAGACCUGUGGAAAGCAGAGUUGUAGUCACUGAAGACCCCACUACAAAUGAAGAUCCCAGCCCCACUCAGGACUAUGAGGACCUGUACACCACAGACGCCAUUAACUCUACAGAGACUCCCCUGAGGAAGAGGCGCCACGCGGAGCUAGAAGAGCCUCCUCUAGUGGCCAUGGUGAUAGUGCACAGAUCCCUGGGCGAGCUCCUGCCGGAGAGCUAUGACACCGAUCGCCGCAGUUUGAGGCUGCCUAACCGUCCGGUCAUCAACAGUCCUGUGGUGAGUGUGGCUCUGCAUAGGGAUGGUAGGCCCGUGUCGGUGCCCCUGGUCAGGCCCAUCACUGUCCACCACCGGCUGCUGGUCACAGAGGAGCGCACCAAGCCCCAGUGUGUCUACUGGAACCACAGCAUCGGGGUGGGCGGUGGCGGUGCCUGGUCUGCUAAGGGCUGUGAGCUGGUCUUCAGGAACAACAGCUACAUCAGCUGCCAGUGCAGCCAUCUCAGCAGCUUCGCUGUACUCAUGGACAUCUCUAAGAGAGAGCAUGGUGACGUGCUCCCUCUGAAGCUGAUGACGUACACCACGGUGACGGCCUCCCUGGUGGCCCUGCUCGUCACCCUCCUGCUGCUGGCUGUCCUGCGCCGCCUGCGCUCCAACCUGCACAGCAUCCACAAGAACCUGGUGGCUGCCAUCUUCCUCUCCGAACUCAUCUUCCUCCUCGGCAUCAACCAGACCGAGCGCCCGUUUGUGUGCACCGUGGUGGCCAUUCUGCUGCAUUACUCCUACAUGUGUACGUUUGCCUGGAUAUUUGUGGAGGGCCUGCACAUCUACCGCAUGCUGACCGAGCAGCGCAACAUCAACCAGGGACACAUGCGCUUCUACUACGCCAUUGGAUGGGGCAUCCCUGCCAUCAUAACAGGGUUGGCUGUGGGCCUGGACCCCCAGGGCUAUGGGAAUCCAGACUUCUGCUGGCUGUCGGUGCACGACACUCUCAUCUGGAGCUUCCUGGGGCCCAUUACGGUGGUGGUGAUGAUCAACAUCGUCAUAUUCGUGUUGGCUGCCAAAGCGUCGUGCGGGCAAAAACAGCGAACCUUUGAGAAGGCCGGAGCUGUGUGUGCGCUGCGUGUGGCCAUCCUGCUGUUGCUGCUGCUCAGCGCCACCUGGCUGCUGGGCCUCAUGGCCGUCAACAGCGACGUGCUCACCUUCCACUACCUUUUUGGCAUCCUCAGCUGCCUGCAGGGCUUCUGUGUUUUCCUCUUCCACUGCAUCUUCAACAGAGAUGUGCGUAACAACUUGAAGGACGUCUUCACUGGGAAGAAGAUACAGGCGGAGGACACCAGCACCACCAGGGCCACCCUUCUGACUCGCUCUCUGAAUGGGAACACCUAUCUGGAGGAUGGAGCCCUGUACCGGACGCCCAUAGGGGAGUCCGAUGUCUCCAUGGAGAGCCACGUCAGGUCAGGCAAGAGCCAGAGCAGCAGCUACCUCUACAAACUCAGGGAAGAGUCUGGAAAUAAGAAGCGACGUGGCUCCCAGGGCACAACGACCAAAAGCCACGAUGAAGGCAACCCAUCCCUCUACUAUCAAAAGAGCAAAAAGGGUGAUGACUCUGAUUCUGACAGCUGGGUGUCUAUGGAUGAAGACGGCAGUUCGUCUGCAUCAUCACACUCCUCAGAUAGCGAAGCUGAAGAGAUGGGCCCAAAACAGAAGUGGAACAACGAGAGAACACCACUACACAGCACCCCAAAAGUGGACACUGUGACCAAUCAGGUGAGGCCUUACUGGCCCAUGGAGCCCCCGACAGCCAGUGAGGGCGAGGAUGGGAGCGGGGUAGAGAAGCUGCGCGUGGAGACCAAAGUGAACGUGGAGCUGCAUCCGGAGCACAAGCUGAACCACAACGGAGAUCACCGGCCCGAGGACAAGCACAGCCCAGCCAGCCUGCCCAGGAGCAACCGGCCCGCAGAGCAGAGGAGGGGUAUCCUGAAGAACAAGAUCACCUACCCACCUCCGCUGACGGACAAGAACAUGAAGAACCGCCUGAGGGAGAAGCUGAGCGACUACAACUCCUCCACCACGCCCUCCAAGACGCCCUCCAUCGACUCGGCCGAGGGCAUCCGCACCAUCACCGGGGGCAACGGCACCCUCAUCAAGCCCCCACCCAGGCUCCCUGCCACCGCCCGCAACGGCCUCACCAUGGAGCUGGAGCUGGGCACUGAGAUGGAGCCCGUCAAUGGCGGAGAGGAGUCCGAUUCAGAUGGAAGCAACGAGACAUCUAUCUGAUCAGACAAGACAAAAUUCCGUCGAUCUGAGAAGGACCAACAGAAUACCACAUGGGUGUGUGGGAACUGGACUCUACGGGUGCCCAUGGGAGACAAAAUUCCCCAAAACUCUGUGGUCCUUGGCGCAAAGCACAGCACUUAAUUCCUGUGUCUGCCCAGUCAGGAUUGUUUUUGUCCUUAUCCUGGCGUGUGGAGAAAAGGGAAGAAUGUUCAGGAAACCCAGUGGCACUGCCCAAGACCCCAACGCUACUGUGGACACAGAGCCAGGGUCAGUACUAGAGAAUGUUAAGUCCAUAGCCUGACAGGCACUAAGAUACUGUGAAACGGCAGUGAGAAUCAAAAGUUUGGAUUUGCCCACUGCACUCUCAGGAUGUCCAUCCAUCAUGAGAAAAGAAGAUACACCACUCUGGGGUGUGCUCUCUUAAAACACUGCCUUAGGUCCUCAAGGGCAAAGGCAGUCACGUUUACAUUCAUGAAGACAUGAUGGCGUUGGGACAGUCAAACCUGUCCACAAAGACUUAUCGGUGAAUAAGUACUGUACUUGCCACUUGUUGUAGAUAUUUUUGUAUUUUAAUUGGUAUAUAGUUGGAACGAAGCGUUUGUAAAUUGUAAUUAGUCAUUUUUUAUAAAAACAAUGUUGUAUUUCUGUUUUUUAUACAAUGUACUGUUUGUGUAUUUCAAAAGAAUUGCUUUUUUAUUGCAGUUGUUUUCUUGUACAGUAGAAAUUUAACUGAGCUGACAAACUUGGUGCCUAUCUUAUUGUCUUACACUCUGUUUCAGUGCAUUUCUCAUUUCACUAUCACUUCAAAGGCUGAGAAUUACAGCAAGAUGGGAAACAUAAUUAAGUCUAGUCAUAAACCACAUGUUCAGAAUGAAUGGAUGUUUAGAAGGUCUCCUCAACUAAUACCUUGCCUUCCCUGUGUAAAUAUCUGGAAUCAAAUAUUGGGCAUGUCUGUAUUCAUAUUUAUUUGAUACAAGGAUUACAGAGCCACUCCUGUCUGUUAUGGUCCUUAAAGUUAAAUGUCAUCUUUAUUUGAAUGUGGUAAAUAUUAAACUGUGAAAGUAUUCUCCCACAAAAAAGAGUGAGGAAGACAUAAGAGCUCACAUUCAUCCAAACCAAACUUAUAAUGUACAUUCCAAAUGGCCUUGUCAUAAAUGAACAUUCCAAACAA